UGACUCUCCCUCCACCUCCAGCAGGAGUUGCUAAAUCAAAGGCGCCCUCCCCAACCCGGGGUUCCCCAGCAAUGCUUCCUCCUACUCCCAAGGGGCCUCUGGCUACUCUGUCACUUUGCCCUGGGUGUCUCUGAAGACCCACUCGCCCAAGGUGCUUGCUCUGAAAAGCUUCUGGAGAAAGGAAAGCGGCUUUACAGAACUCUGUGGGUGUGCCCGGGGCGAGGCUUGAGGCUUCGCGGGGAGCGCUGACUGGACCUGGAUCUCCUGGAGACGUUUCUCUUCUCUGAGCGGGCAGGCCGGCUCUGCUGGGCGUGGAGACGCUUCUGUUCGGCGGAGUGCUCCCCAGCCAUGGGCAGAAGCUCGGUUCUCUUGCCUCUGAUACUUACUGCUAUUGUUGGAUCAUUGCCUAAAGAUGUUAAUGCCCAAGUGACUGUUAACAACUCUAAGGCCGAGCGUGAGUGCCCAAGAGACCUUCAUCGUGUGGGUCAGUUAUGCUGUCAGCCAUGUGAGGCGGGUGAAAAGAAAGUUACUGACUGCAUCAUUGAUAGAGGAAAGCCAACCUGUGUGCCUUGUCUAGAUGGACAGGAGUAUACAGAUGCAAAACAUUAUUCUCCUAAAUGUAGAAGAUGUAGCAUUUGUGAUGCAGAACAUGGCCUUGAAGUAGAAAAAAAUUGUACCCGGAAUCAGAAUACCAAGUGCAGAUGUAAAGCAAACUUUUUUUGUGCGAAUUCUGCAUGUGAAUACUGUGGCCCUUGCAAAGAGUGUGAAGAUGGAAACAUUGAGAAUUGUACACCAACCAGUAGCACCAAAUGCAAAGGAUCCAGACAUAACUUGCUGGGGUUGUGUGGCCUUCUGAUCCUGGUGCCAUUAUCUGCGCUAAUCAUAUACCUCAUAUGUCGGUGGCACAGGAAUAAAAAGAAAGGUCAUCAUGAAUUUGUACACCCAAAUCUUGAAAUGUUAGAUUUAACAGACAUUGACCUGAGUAAAUAUAUCACUACUAUUGCUGAAGAAAUGAAAAUAACUGAAGUUAAAGAAUUUGUUCGGAAGAAUGGUGUCAGUGAAACCAAAAUAGAUGAGAUCAAGAAUGACCACAUCCAGGAUACAGCUGAGCAGAAAGUCCAGCUGCUUCGUAAUUGGUAUCAAAUUCAUGGGAAGAAAGAUGCAUGUGGAACUUUGAUUAGCAAUCUCAAAAAAGCUAAUCUUUGUCUUCUUGCAGAUAAAAUUCAGGAUCUAAUCUCAAAGGACAUUGCUAAUGAACGCAAGCAUGCAGACUGCAAAAAUGAUCCUGAAAGACAAAACUUGGUCUAAAAUGAAAAGAAAAUAACUUCGUUUUUUGUAUAUGCAUUUAAUGGAAGGAAAAACUAGUGUUUAGUAAUCCCUAGUAACUCUAUUUUAUAAAUAUUGCUUGUUUUAUUAAUGGGUAUAUUUCUUGUUUCUUUUAUUAGAUUUGUAGUGGUAAUAUGUUUACAAGUUUCAAGGAUCUCAUGAUUGCACAUUUAAGGAUGUUUAAAAUCUAGUUGGGGAGACAUGGCUAACGUAAUGACAUGUGAAAUACCCAAAGGAUUGUAGGCAAAGGACAAAGAUUGGGACCAUCUUCUGGUGUUGAAUAUGUGCUUCUGGAGGUAUGAAUGUAUUUAAUGUAUAUAGAUACACAUCUCUAGCCAUAAGCUAAUCCUAUCAUAUGAAUUGAUAGAAACUGUGACCUUUUGUUGCAAUCUCACAAUCAAGGGAAAGGCUCCUAUGCUUUUAAAUUACCUUCCCAGUAAUCAUCACCCAUGAUGAUUCAGGAGUUUUUACCUUAUUUGUAAGCUUUGUUUGCAAUUUUGAAAAGACCAUAUUCAGGGAAAGCUCACAUACAAUCUGAGCUUUUGAGCAGGACCUCAAAGAUCUUUUCAUAGAUUGUUGACAUUUUACUGUGAAGUGUUUCCGUUUAGAUUUCACAUACAAAAUGUAGAUUAAAUUAUAAUGCUUGAAUAUUUUAUAUUUGUAUGCAAUUUUCAUGGAUCAAAAUCAUCUUUCUCAGGUGUUAAAACAUUUUGAUCAGGAAAGUCCUAGUAGAGCUUUGUCACCUCUCCACUUUCUCCUCUGUUCUCCUUGGUGGCCAUACACCCCCAGUCCUGGAAGGACUGCCAAAGAAAUAAUGAUCCAUGAAAGCCCAGCCUGCUAUUAGAAACUUCUAGCUUAGUUUACAAGGGCUAACUGCUCUUACAGAAGGUAGCUUUGUGGCAUAGCACAAACCCAUGACCACCACCAAAGCUAAUAAAGUAGAUCCCUUUUUUGACUCUGUCCCCCCAAAAUGAUCAGUAACUGCCUGUGUCUUCUUUCUUACCACAGAUUCAGCUUAUACAUAGCAAAGGGAAAAAUCAUCAUAAGUUUUUAGGAAUUGCUCUUGCUGUUUCAGCAGCUUCUUAAACAAACUAGUCCCUCCUCUCACUGCCUCUUCUUUACUUUUAUAGCUAAACACUUCUGAAAAUUUGCAUUAAAUAAGAAUGUUAAUAAAUACUAUUUAUAUUUAUAUAAACAUAAAAUGAAGAUAGUUAUAAACUGAAGCAGAUACUUAGCUUUCAUGGAUAGAAGAAUUUUUUUCCUUUAUCUUUGAAAAAUAAAUUAUAGGGGAAAUAUUUUAUUAAAAAAACAUGGUUUUGCAGCCACAUGUAAAAGAAUAAAACUAUACAACUGUCUUAGAUCAUAGACAAAAAUCAACUAGAAAUGGAUUAAAUACUUGAAUGUAAGUUCUGGAAUCAUAAGAUACUUAGAAAUAAACUUAGGCAAAACACUGUGAUAUCGACUUCAGUGAUCUUGGUGGAUUUGUCUCCAUCAGAAAGAGAAACAAAAGAGUGUCUAAACAAAUGAGACUACAUCAAACUAAAGAUCUUCUGCAUAGCAAAAGAAACUAUCAUUAAAGCAAAAAGACACUCAGCUGAGUGGGAGAAAAUGUUUGUGCAUCACGCAUCAUGUGGAUAGCCAAGUUGUACAAAAACCAUGUACAAGUCAACGAAAAGAAAACAAAAUAACCCAAUCAAAAAAUAGAAGAACUAAACAGACACUUCUCCAAAGAAACAUACAGAUGGCCUGCAGGCACAUGAAAAAUCCUCAUUAUCAUUUGGAGAGAAAAUCCUCAUUAUCAUUUGGGAAAUGCAAAUCAAAACCACCACGAGAUACCAUCUCACACCAGUGUGACUGGCUUAUACCAAAAAGACCAGAAACAACUGUUGACAUGAGUGUGGAGAAAAAAGAACACUCUUAACUGCUAAUAGGAAUAUAGACUGGUUCAGCCCUUUUGGAAAACAACAUGGAGGUUUCUCAAAAUAUUAAAAAUAAAUCUACUGUAUGGUCCAGUAAUUCUACUCCUAGGUAUCUACCUGAAGAAGGGGAAAACACUAGUUGGGAGGGAUGUAUGCAUGCCUAUAUUCACUGCAGCACUGUUUACAAUGGCCAAGUUAUGCAAACAACUAAAGUACCCAAAGAGAGAUGAGUGGGUUAGGAAGAUGUGAUAUCUAUAUUACAAUGGAAUACUACUUGUCUAUAAAAAAAGAUGAAUACUUGCCAUUUGUGACAACAUAGAGAGGAUUAUGUUAAGUAAAAAAAUAGUUAGAAGGAGAAAGACAAAUACUGGAUGGUUUUACUUACAUCUAGAAUAUCAAGAAAUAAAGGAUCUCACAAACCAAAUCAACAACAAACCUUGGAGGUCUGACUGUAGAAUUGAGGCUAACAGAGGGGGAGAGUGGAGAGCAAGUGGAGCAAAAUGGGCUGUGGUAGAGGCCCAUGGGUGCCAGAGUGGUGGAUGUGGUGCAAUGACAUAUAUCUGAAGAGAUGGGAUCCUACACUUCUGUAUCAUGCCUGGUGUUGCAAACCAAUAUUACCUCAAUUAAAAAAAAAAAGUCAUGGUUUUGUUUUGUCAGGUUAUCUCUAUUUUUUUAUGAUGUUUUAUUAUUUGUGUUUGUUUUCCUUUCUUUACUGCUAAAUAUAAACUGUGUAUGAAGCUUUAACAACUCUUUUAUCAUUCAGAAAGUGCCUCCUUGUUAAACACUUUUAGUGGUUAAAUGAUUUCCUCCAUAGGUUGUUACUGCCAAGAAUACUCCUCUCAAACAGCACAUGAUUACUCAUUACAUGAGGAUUUAUUAUGACAGGAUUAUAUGUCAGGCACUGGAAUGUGGAUAAAACUGUGUAUAUAUAUAUGUCAAUGGAGUGGUUUUAUUGGUAUGGACACAAGUGGAGAUUUUUAAAUAUUUUCUCCUGCAUGUUUUCCAUUCUAGCUACUUGAUGACCACUGGGCCAUCUCUCUUUCUUAAACUUAAUAUCAAUGCUAUAUUUUAUUUGAUACAUAAUUGCCAAUCAUCAUUUCAACAUAACAACAUAAACAGUAUU